GCUCCGCGUUCUCCCAUGUGCAAUACAGUGCAACAAUAUGUUGGGCAUGAUUAAGGAAUUAUUCCCUCUCCCCUUAUUGAUCCCUCCUUUAAGAAGCCUUUCGCAUCCAUACCCCCCUAUCAGUGUGUCCAGAUAAAACAGACCGCUCGUCAUCUUGUCUGCUCGUAAGAGGGAAAUUUUGCUGAUGCAGUAAUGUCUGGAAAUGCAUCGCUUGCGAAUGUCGUGAAUCAUUUCCGUUCUGGAUGUGACAUUUAUGGACCGCAACCGAACAGUUUGAAAGUGAGAAGAUGUGAAGAGCCUUUUACAAUCGUAUUUUCUCCAACAAAAGGGAAUCGAGGGUGCAUUACUGACAGGAGACUGCUGGCAGAAGACGCAUUCCUUCAGUAGCAAGAGGCAGCCGUAGUGGAUGCAGCGGAACGGAGCGAUGGUCGAAUCGGUGACAACCGCAGUGGGGCCACACUGAGGAAAGAUCAAGUUAUACCCUAUACCCCGGGUUCGAGAUAGAUUUGAGGGUCUGGAAACGGAGAAAAGGAAGGAAAGCGACGCCUUUUGGAGGGCAGUUGGAUGUCUACUCAAUUAAAUUAACUCCUGCGGACCUCUAACUUUGACCUGCAGGAUGACAGUCGUGGCUGGGGACAACAUGGACGAGACCUCUGCCGUGCCGGGGCAUCCGCAGGACACGUACCCCCCUGACCAUGACGAUCACGAAUGUUGCGAACGGGUGGUCAUCAACAUAGCAGGGCUGAGGUUCGAGACCCAGCUCAAAACUCUCGCCCAGUUUCCAGAGACUCUAUUAGGUAACCCAAAAAAGCGAAUGCGGUAUUUCGAUCCCUUGAGAAACGAGUACUUCUUCGACAGAAAUCGUCCGAGCUUCGAUGCCAUCCUCUACUACUAUCAGUCUGGGGGGAGACUGAGAAGGCCUGCAAACGUCCCUUUGGAUAUGUUCUCAGAAGAAAUUAAGUUCUAUGAACUUGGGGUCGAGGCGAUGGAGAAGUUUCGUGAAGAUGAGGGCUUCAUUCGUGAGGAAGAGCGGCCCUUACCGGAGCGUGAGUUUCAACGGCAAAUCUGGCUUCUGUUUGAGCAUCCCGAAAGCUCGGGGGCGGCCAGAGGAAUAGCUAUUGUGUCCGUUAUGGUAAUUUUAAUUUCCAUUGUUAUUUUCUGUUUGGAGACUUUACCUGAACUGAAAGGGGAACCUGAGGAGGUGAUUAUAGGCAACAGCACCUUCUACACCAAACCAAACAUCUUGACUGAUCCCUUCUUUAUUGUAGAGACCCUCUGCAUCAUCUGGUUCUCAUUCGAACUGAUAGUGCGCUUCUUUGCUUGCCCGAGCAAAGCAGCCUUCUUUAAGAACAUGAUGAACACCAUAGACAUUGUGGCCAUCAUCCCCUACUUCAUCACACUGGGUACAGAGUUAGCAGAGGACGCGGAUGGAGAAAAGGAAUUAAAGGGCGAGCAGGCAACAUCACUGGCCAUCCUCAGGGUGAUCCGUCUGGUCAGGGUGUUCAGGAUCUUUAAGCUGUCCAGGCACUCCAAAGGCCUUCAGAUUUUGGGACAGACCCUCAAAGCCAGUAUGCGAGAGCUUGGAUUGCUAAUAUUCUUCCUCUUCAUUGGUGUCAUAUUGUUCUCCAGUGCUGUGUAUUUCGCAGAGGCAGAGGAAAAAGAGUCCUACUUCACCAGCAUCCCAGAAGCGUUCUGGUGGGCGGUUGUGUCGAUGACCACCGUAGGCUACGGGGACAUGGUGCCAGUGACUAUAGGGGGCAAGAUCGUGGGUUCCCUGUGCGCCAUUGCCGGUGUGCUGACCAUCGCCCUCCCGGUGCCUGUCAUCGUGUCCAAUUUCAACUAUUUCUACCAUAGAGAAACCGAAGGAGAGGAGCAGGCCCAACUCCUCAACGUGAGCAACCCGAACAUUGCCUCUGAUUCCAACUCGAGUCGUCGCAGCUCCUCGACCGUCAGCAAGUCUGAGUACAUGGAGAUAGACGGAGACAUAAACAACAGCAUCGACAACUUCAGAGAGGCCAACCUCAGAACUGGCAACUGCACUAUCCCUAAUCAGAACUGUGUAAACAAAAGUAAGCUGCUAACCGAUGUCUAGAGACACAGUAGAAAAUUCAGUCACGUACAUAUGAAUGCUUACUUUACCUCCUCUUGUGAGCCCUUGCACUGCAAAUAUCUCUACAAUGCAGAUGAAAGAAAAAUACUACACAAAAACAUAUAGAACAAAACUGCAGCAAAUGAGGCCGAUGAUUCGGUAUAUACUUAAUGUAAAUGCAUUUCCAAAGAGGAUGAUUGAGAAAAAAGCCACCUAGAGCACCUAGCCAACGUUGACAGGCAUUGAAGGACUUUUGAUGACAGGAUUACUAAAACAUCACGCAUGGACUGCAGACUACAUUUCAGCAAGCUGCACACUGCAUCCGGGAACGUGCAUAAAAGACCAAGUGCAGUCUUCAGUGGAAGCAUCGUCCAUAGGUGGUCUUCCUUAACUGACCAGCAAAGCACCUUAUAUGAACAAGACUGAUCUUCUGCUGGGAUGCUACGGAGGCCAAGGUCAUCGCCUCAUGGACAUCCGCAUUGCUGCUAUUUUCCAGCAGAUGCUGUUAUUUAGAUAUCACCAAGUGAUUAAAUGCCAUGCCCUUUAGAUGUAAGACAGCACAAUGCCGAAAGAGGAGCCUCAUAGUUAGCAUGUUUUGAUUAUCCUCAUUUUGAUAUUGGCAUGCGUCAGACAUUACCUCAUGACGAUAGGAAAUCCAUUCCUGUUUUGCUUUUCUUUUGCAUUUGGUUCCAUCAGCUCCCCUCUCCAUCGACCUCCUCUCAUUUGUAACCAUGAAAAGUGCACUAGUGUGUCAUGAUUUGAGAUGCUUAUCAUUUAGGUGUAUUUAAAGACUGAAUGUUUAACCUUACGGGAAACAGAAUCUUAAUGAUAUCAUAGCAUGUCAAAAGAACCUGCAUUAUGGCCUAAUCAACUAAGGUACUGUGUAUCCUAGUAUAUUUAAUGCAUGACAUCGGUAUUAUACAGCUUGUUGCAAUUGAGAUACCUCAUAAGGGUGUCGUUGUUACAAUCAGGGAACUAGGGACAUCGAUUCCUUGACAUUUUCUGAAAUGUGACAAAAUAUAUAUGCAAGCCCCAAUGCUGGGAUGCAAACUUUUCAAUCUAAAAUGUAGUCAAAGACAGAGAAAAAGAAGAUAUCAAGAUACUAUCAAAUGCAUAUACUCAUACUAAGCACACCUGUUAUAAAAAAGUAGUAUAACUUAAAUAGUGCUGUGCAUGGGCAUUCUCUCUCUCUCGAGAAAAAAAGAAAACUAUGGGCAAUUAUACUUCAUGCUUCCAUUUUGUGAUCAAAUUUAGGAUUUACAAUAUCAAAAAUCACUUAAUUUAUUUUAGCAGGAUGCAAAAGAGAUCAUGGCCGAAUUACUCAUAUUAGUUGCUAGUGCCUUUGACCCUCUCAGCAACCAGACAGGUGAAAGUGCCUCUGAGUAACUGGAGUUUUAGGCAGGGCAAGGGAACAAUAUCUGCUCUAAAAACUGUCAUAAUGUAUGUUGAGGCUGGUCAUUACCAUGUGUACAGAGUGCUUUUCAUUUUCAUUGUUGUUCUUUUGAACGUGACAUGGUUGUCAGGCACAAACGCAAGCCUGUGUUUUCAUAUGACAGCUGAGCUUGAAUAUGAAAUUGGACAUACGGCUUUCACGCGACGGGACAUUUUAGAGUUUUCGAUCUGCCUUUCAUUGUGGUUUUGAUUAUGUUGUUGUGCCAUAAUAAAGAGUCUACCUCAGUGAGGUCACUGCACAGCUCACUGCAGAGCAGAACACGAGAGUACAUAACAGCCUGUGAAGUGUGAUGCUACAUCAAAAAUAAUACACUUAGAGUACCCCAGAAUUUGCCUUUUUUUCAAGCACUUACAACAAACGCAACAAUGCGACCACCCCUGACCCCUCGGAUCUGAAAGGCUCCCUUGCUAAGCACAAUCAACGUUCGCUUUGGUUCUGUUUAUUGUCUGGGAAGAGAACAGCACAAGCUUUCAUAUACCAUAGGGUACACAACCAUUUACAUUGUUAAAAAUCUGUCAUUUUGAAGUAUGUCGUCUAAAAAACAUGUCCGCUUAAUGUUAAAAGUCAUGCUUAGCCCAUUAAGGCUAUAUUAAGCCUGCAGGUACUGUAAAGAACAAAUUUUAAUGCAGACCUAAUUGAUUUAUUGAGUGUACUGAUGACUUAAACAUUAAUGUGAAAUGUGUUCAUGCUAAUGUGGGCCAUUUCAGUGCAUAGAGCUACGUCUUUCAUUUCCAUUUUCCUUGAUAAUUAAAAAACACUUUAAAAUAGCUGCGAUCGAAUUAGCCUGUUUGGGGUAAUUUCAUUUAACAAACACAAGCAAGUCUGCCAGAGCAGCUCGUAAACAAGUUGCCUGGUCAUGUGAUCUUUAUUGAUCCGUGAGGUGUGAUUGUAAUCAAAGGCAAACAGCAGUAUUUUACCUCGGGCCGUUUCCUAUAACACUAACAUGGGUUUAGUCACCUCUGCCGCAGCUCUGUGUCAGGAAGAACUAUUCAGGGUUUUAUCAAUCUACUUUUUGUUUAUAAUUCAUAACAUUGCUUCAGAGAGAGAGAGAGAGAAAAAAAGAGCUAAACAAGCAAAACAAAUACUUUUUAUCUGGAAUUAAAGAAAUAACACACAUAAAAAUCAUACAACUUAAUUUAACUUAAUAUGGAACAAUUGUUAAAUAAGGAUGAACUGUUUCUACUGGACGUGCGAGCAGUGAUCAAACCCCUAUGGUGCUAUGCAUAAUCCUAUAUUUCAUAACUACACCAUAAAUCAUAGCAAUAGGGAUCAAGUGUGUUACAGGAAUGUCCAGAAUGCUUAUUUUAAUAUUCACCAAGGGCUGUGGCAAACUUUUGAUAAGAAUAGAGAUUUAAAUCUACUGUAAUGCAAGAGAGAAAUGAUUUCCACCAAUGAUAGUGUGUUAGUUGACAAAAUGUAUAUUUCAUGUACUUUAUGCUGAGAGACUGUAACAGAACAAAAAUGCCCCCUUAACAAAUGUUGCUUCCUUUCCCUUUUGAAGUUUAUUUUGCCUCUGAUCUGAGGUGAGGACCAUUUAUGAGCAACAUUUUACAUCAGUUAUGGCUUAGAGGUAGGUUUUUUAUCAGCUGAGUCUGUAGAGGUGUAAAUCCAUAACAUAACGCAUACUUAUUUGGUUGUUUUUCUAUUUAUAUAUUUGCAUCGCAAACUUUAUUUCAAGAAAGGAUGAAAGAUAGAAUACACUGUAGUGGAAAAAUAAAAAAGAACUGACUGACGUGCCAUCAUAACGAUUACUAAGUAACCCGAUAUGAGUGCUGUCAAAAAAUUAGAAAAUGUAGUUGUGCUCCCAGGUUGUGGCCUUUUGGAGGAUGUUGCAGACAUAUUUAUUUUCUUCACCUGCGUGGCCUCGUCUAGCUAUAUUACCAUGUUGCGUCCAUGUGACACUAUAGUUAACUGUGCUUUAAAGAACCCAUGCCCUUGAUAAAACUACAGUAGACUCACAAAUGAGUCCAUAAGACAAGCCAUUACAGAUAUAUAGGAAGAUUAUACCUUGUAUUAUCGAUAUCAUGAAAUAAAUAAAAUAGAGACAUUAGCAUCGAAAAUGUACUGUACAUUGUACUUUUUUGUAAUAACCUUAACUCCAUACUGCCAUACCAAACCAAAACUCAACAGCAACCUAGCAAUUGCAAAAAUCUGCAUGGUGUAUGGAAGACUGCAUGAGCUUAGCCUUUCAAAAAUGAGGAUCAACUAUAUUCUGGUUGCAUCGUUUUUUAAGCCCUUGCUGUCAUUUGUUCCUAAAGCCAUCUUCAUUAUUUAUACGCCAACGUUGUUCCCUUUUGUUUGGGAAAAAUUCUUUAAUCCGUCAAACUCCACUGAUCAGAUAUUUUUAUUCAGUUUGUUUAUUUAUUUUGGCUUUAUUUGAGAUUUUGCUGUUUGCUUUCAGGAUGCUGAAUGAUACAAGUCAUGGAUUAUAAUGUCAUGGAAGUUAAUAAUUUAAUUCCGCCAAAAAAAAGAAAAAAGAAAAAAAAGAAGGAAGCCGGAGACCCAAACUACUAACAAAGACCCAAACAAAGUCCAUACAGUGAUUCUGUACUGACCAUCUCAGCUACAUGCUUAUGUUAGACAGAUGAUGACUCCAUGUUAAUGUUCCAUGUACAUCUACUCAAACUGUUUAUGUUGUCUUAACAUGUUUCUGUACAUUUUCUGUCUUUGUUAUGCUAAAUUGUGUUACUGUGUUUUAAUUUUGUCAUACAUUGACAAAGGCAUGGUCUGUGAUCUAUGCAAGGGUUCUUUUGUUUCUUAUGUCAAAUAUGAUUUGAUCAUACAUCCAAAUCAAUAAAUUUUUAAGUAUCA